UGCGAAUCGUCAGGUCCGGGCAGUAGCCCUAGGCGGUACGUGGCACGCGGACGUCCCAUUACAACUCCCGCCAAAGCCCCACUCUCUCUGCUCCUCAGCCGGUGGCGGCCGAAGCGGCGGAAGCAAAAGUCCGGAGGAAGCCAUGCACCCGUCGGCCUCCAUCGAAGCGCGGGUCCGCAAUCCCUCCGAUUCUCAGGAACAGCGCCACCUCGACUCCUGCUCCCUCAACGACUCCCGUAGCUCCCCUGGCCUCCUCUUCUCUCCCUCCUCCCCCUCGCCCGCCGGCGGCGCCGCUCCCUUGCCCCCGGCCGACGCCCCCAUUGUCAUUUGCUCUCUCCCGGACACCCCCUCCUCCGCCACCCCUGCCGUCGCCGGCGCCGCUGACAUCAGCCAUCUAAGGUUAUUGCUUCCCGAGGCCGGGGCAGAGGGGAAAUCUCCAGUGACCACCGGAGCACAUCAACCAUCUCCCAAAUCUCCCUCACUGGCCCUCGUCGGAAAAGUUCACCCCGGCGGCCGCCUGGUUUUGCGGUCAUCAUCCAACCGCUGGAAGAAGAAAUGCAGGGCUUCGAGGUGGCAAUUGAGACGCAGGCAGAUCAAAUCGCCAGCUACUCCUCGCGAAUCGCCGGCAAAAGGACAUGGGGGUUUAGCUGGAGAGGGUGGAUCAGGCAAUGAUCUUUUCAAGAAGUACCGGUAUCAGCCGGGGGAGGCCUCCAAGAGCACUACUAGAGACCCCGGUGCUUCCGUAGAGGUUGUUCCAGGCCCGAUAGAUCCGUCGGCUUUGACCCAAAAUCCAUCAUCAUCAGAAGGGAGAGCAUCGAAGCCAGCAGACCGAGAAGGCGAUAUGCAGUCGAAGUGCCGGUGUCAGCCGCAGGAGGUCCAUGAGAGCACCACUGGAAGCCUCAAAGCUGCUUCUAGCGUUGUUCCAGGGCCGAGAAAGUCUCCAGUUUUGAUACACAAUCCGCCACUGGAGGUGGGGGAAGCGAGCUCGACUUCUGUUUCUUGUGGCCAAAACCCACCAUCGCCCUCUGUCCCUAGUCCUGCUGUAGCAUCUUUGGUCACGGAUCCCCAGAUCAGUAUUCUGGAUAUCAUUAAGAUGCUGUCGAAAGAGCCCGACAUGAAAUAUGCUGGCGCAGAUUUAUUGGAAACCAUGGAGAUGAAAGGCAUGGAGAUCCCUCCGCCCCCGUGGUGGCGAUCCGGAGGCUACGAUGGUUGACUGUUGAUUUUGAAUGGAACUAUCAAGUGCAAAAUCAGUUACAUACUGCCAAAUAUUGAGGAUGUUUGGUCAGGACAUCACCUCCACAGAAUCUUUUCGAUAUCACGCAGCUGAAAGAAGAGUGCCCUAUAAGCCAAUCGCAAGUAUUGCGAUAAGACUUUUCUUUGUGAUUUUUCAACUUAUGUAAUGACAUUUAUUAUUUAAAGUAUUGAUUCAUCAUAUUAGU